AGAAAAUAAAGAAAAUGGAGUACAUUGUUUUUAUCCUUCCACCCACCGGUUCAGGUUGCUGGGCACAUUGCACAUACUACUCUUUUCUCUCAGCUAUCCUCAUAUUCCUCUUUUCUUAUCCCCAUUUUCCCCUAAUUUUUUUCUCUUAUAAUGGCUGGUAACAAGAGAAGAAGGAUCAAAUCGUUGUCGGCUGCUAUCAGGGAUGACAGAAUGUCAGCUUCUGUUGAGGUGAAGCAAGAUAUUCAAGAGCUUCCAUCCUGGUCUGAUCUUCCUGCAGAUCUAUUGGAAUUGAUUCUUUCUCGUUUGACCCUUAGGGAGAAUAUCCUUCUUUCAUCCGUAUGCAAGAGAUGGCACUCGGUUGCUGUUUCGGUGCGCCUAGUGAAUCAGCCCCCUUGGAUUAUGUAUUUUCCUAAAUAUGGUGAUCUGUAUGAAUUUUAUGACCCUCUAGGGCGUACGACUUAUUCGAUUGAAUUACCGCAGUUAGAUGGAUCUAGAGUGUGUUACACAAAAGGCGGUUGGCUACUGUUAUACAAACCUCAAGCUCACCUGCUUUUCUUCUUUAAUCCAUUCUCUAGGGAGUUAAUCGAGUUGCCUAGAUUUGAAAUCAGUUGCCAAAUAGUUGCGUUUUCUUGUGACCCGACAUCUCCUAGUUGCAUAGUCUUUACAGUGAAGCACGUUAGCCCUACAGUUGUUGCUAUUAGUACUUGUCAUCCCGGAGCAACAGUAUGGACAACGGCCAAUUACCAAAACCGACUGCCUUUCGUUAGUAGUAUUUGGAACAAACUGGUUUUUUGUGACGGGCAAUUUUAUUGUCUUAGCCUAACUGGAUGGGUGGGGGUAUUUGAUCCAAAAGAACUUACCUGGAAUGUACUAGUGGUGCCUCCUCCUAGAUGCCCGGAGAACUUUUUUACGAAAAACUGGUGGAAAGGGAAGUUCCUGGCGGAACAUGAUGGAGACAUCCUGGUAAUAUAUACCUGCUGUAGUGAUUACCCCAUAAUAUUUAAACUAGACCAGACAAAUAUGGUAUGGGAAGAAGUAAAAACAUUAGAUGGGAUUACUCUUUUUGCCAGUUUUCUUUCAUCACAUUCUAGAACGGAUCUUCCAGGAAUCAUGAGGAACAGUGUUUAUUUUUCCAAGGUUCGUUUCUAUGGAAAACGAUGUGUAUCGUAUUCCCUCAGAGAUUGUAGAUACUAUCCUCGCAAGCAAUUCCAUGAUUGGGGAGAGCAGGAUCCUUUUGAGAGCAUUUGGAUCGAUCCCCCCCAAGAUCGUUCUAUGUGUACAUGAUCCCUGGAAACUUCUGUAAGUAAAUCUGUACUUUUGUAGCAGCCGUAGAUACUACGAUGAGUCGUCUGGAAACUCAAUGAUAAGGAGCAAUAGACAAGGUAUUUAGGAGUGAUAUAUGUUUUAACAGUGAAUAAAUCUUGUGAAACAAGUGUUAUAGAAGAAUACUAGGAGUAGUACACAAAUUAGAGGAAUCGCGUACCCUUUAGAUCGAAUUAGAGGACUGGACUAAUAUAUGUUUCUUUCUUAGAAGAGCAUAGUGUUGUCGAAUUAGUCGCACUCACCUCAACUGAAUGUUAUUAUUAGUGUCUUAUUUCGAUCAAUUUCAUAGCCUCAGUCAAGGGAGGCUCGGUAAAACUGCGAAGCCAGCCACACUGCAAUGGGUUCUGACGAUCAAUUGGUGUUUGGGUGUUUGGUAUGAGAUUUACCCAUUGAGAUAUGCUCUAUAAAUACACCAACUUUAUUCUAUUCUAUCCAAAGUCCAUCAUAUUGAUUUUGAA